AUGUCUUAUGCUAGGUUCAGACGAUCAACUGCCGUCGUAUCCGAUUCAAAAAAUGUAUCGGGUCCGACAUUUGCUGCUUGUCUGAGCGCGGACAGAUUUGAGGUGCUCCCUGGAAGUGGGUGGGAUAACCUGAGGAAUGUGCCGGCUGGUCUAAUCGUGGCGUACAACUACUCGGAAUGCCGCACGACGCACGACGGCCGAUUCCUUAUUCCUGACGCCGUAAACACCAUUCCCCUGAAGACGAGCAACAUCGAGACGUUUGCCGAGGUGAUCGACCACUGGAUUGACUACACGAGCACGACGUCCCACGACAUCAACAUCGACGCCGGGUUUCAGAUCCCACACGUCGGCAUCAGCGGCCAUUUCCUCCGAUACACCCGUUACAAGGCGACGCUCCAACCAGACAGUCCGUUACAUCCGAGGUUCAAACACAGACUUCUCGACAUCGCCGCCAGUUUAGAACUGAACAAGACGGCUCUAGCUCGCUACCAGAGCCAGAUCUUAAUCCGAGACUUCGGGACACACGUCAUUUCAAGCGUCGAUGCCGGGGCAGCAUUAAUCCAAGAAGAUCAGCUAAGCAGCGAUUUUAUGAAGAAGUACGCAGAUUCAAGAUCCAAGGUGUCUGAAACUGCCAGUGUGUCAUUUUUUGUCCGUUUAAAUGCGUCGCACACAACGCAAGAUUCACAACAAAUGAUUGAUGAAUAUCGCAAAAGUAGAACAACUUCGAAACUGUUCAGUUACGGAGGGCCUUUAUUCAGGGCUGGAAAUUACUCGGCAAAUGACUGGACUUCCCUCGUGGACAAGGAACUUGUGGCAAUAGACAGAUCGGGCGACCCACUCACUUUUCUUAUCACUCCAGCAAUUCUACCAGAACUACCCAUUGCGACCCUGAAGGGCCUUCAGAAAAACGUGGCUGCGGCUAUCGAACUAUACUACGAAUACAACACACACAGAGGCUGCACUGAUAUGCUGUCCCCAAACUUCAACCCAUUAGCCAACUUUGACGACGGUUCGUGUGAAGCCCAGCUAACGAACAUGACGUUUGGUGGUGUGUUCCAAACGUGCUCUCAAACAGCGGGGUCAAACGAUGGAGAUGUGUGCAGUGAACUGAAGUUGAACCAGGUGAAUCCCAAGACAGGAGAAUACUCCUGUUCCGCCCACUUCCAAACAGUGGAACUGCACACGGCGUCAAUCUCCCGGUCUAGAUCCGAAAAGAACUGUGAUUCGUGUUGGCUGUUCUUUGAAUGCUGUCACACGGACUAUUAUCACAGUGGCGCCACCUACACCAUGUACUGGUGUUCUGCAAACGGUUCUGUCCCUCAAGAUUCCGGUUACUUAUUUGGCGGGUUCUACACUGAUCAUGUGAAGAAUGACCUAACUGGAGCCCAGACCUGCCCUGAGUAUUUCUACGCCAGACAGCUGUCCACAAGCCUGUUCAUUUGCAUCAGUGAUGACUUUGAACAAGGCACCAAGUAUUCUUUACCUUUUGCAGGAUUCAUGAGUUGCAACAUCGGACAUCCCCUGGCGUUGAAAAGUCAACGAGGUGGAAAUUUGGAAAGAAACGCCCCCUCCUUGACUUCCUUUUACCGUAUCUCUGGACCAUCUGCUUGGCCGAAACAUUGUCCCCAAGACUUCAGCAAGCAUCUGGACUACUCGGAUCAAGGAUGCGCCAUCAACUACUGCGUUAAAUCUGGAGUUUUAUCUACAUCCGCUUUGCCCCUGGUCCGGAGACCUCCUUUCGUUAGUCAGCCUGCGAGAGUAGGACUUCCCCACAACUACAUCAUAUUUGACCCAACAACCAAUACGUGGAUAAAGAAUAAAGCUGCAAUCGAAUACCACCAGGAACGUGGAGACUCGGAUCCGUCGUACAGACGUGGAGGAUUGACCACUGGUGCUACAGCUGGUAUCUCCAUAGGCGUCACAUUGGUCUGCGUUGUCUUGGCGACGAUUGUUGUCGCACUGUUUAGGAGAAGGAUGAGAAAUCGAAAGUAUACCAGAUCAAGAGAAGAAUGUGAAGACGUCCAGACCCAGAUCCAGUCGUAG